UAUAUAAUGUGGACACCGUUCCCCCAUUCACUCCCUCCAUCUCUCGUGUUGCUUCACUCGAUGGAUCCCUUCUGCGGUCGAUCCCUCCUAUGAGUCGCCGGCCAUGCCGAUCGUCUCCUCUUUCUAUGCCGCCACGGUCGGAGGUCUCGUCGCCUUCUCUCUCCUCAUGCUCUUGGCCUCCGCUCCUGCGGCAUCCGGGGCUGCUUCGCAUGUCGUACUCGGUGGAGGGGAGAUCUCCCCCAAGUCUAUACUCGGAGGGGAGAAUUUGGCGCCGUGGGCGAAUGGACUCUUGCGGUUCUCUCCCGUCGCAUCGGGUCCUCCUGCAUUAGCUCCCGAUGCGAAGAUUCCACUGGUUUUGGCGGAGAAGAGAACGAGGCGGCCUGAUAUCCUGAACAAGUUCAGUAUAUAUCGUGGUGGUUGGGAUGUUACCGACAAGCACUAUUGGGCGUCCGUUGGAUUUACGGGAGCUGCUGGGUUUGUUCUUGCAUUCGUAUGGUUUAUUUUGUUUGCGCUGGCUUUGGGUACACAUCAUUAUUAUAGAUGGAGCAUUGAGAUCGAUGAGAAAAAUUCAUCUUGCUCAAAGCAGAUUUGUCUUCUCUUGCUACUGGUUUUCACUUGUGCAGCAUUGAUUGGAUGUGUUCUUCUUUCAGUUGGUCAGGAUGACUUCCAUGGUGAAGUACUGGAUACUUUAGAUUUUGUUGUGAAUCAAUCAGACUUCACUGUUCAGGUUCUCAAGAAUGUCACAGAUUUUCUUUUACUGGCCAAGACGAUCAGUGUGGACCAGCUUUCUCUUCCAAGGGAUGUUCAGAAUAAAGUUGAUAAAAUAAACGUUGAUCUCAAUGAUGCUGCUAAUACACUAUCAGGUGAAACAGCUAAAAGUUCCGGGAAAAUAAGACAAGUUUUUGAUGACAUACGUUGCACAUUAAUUGUGGUAGCAACUAUGAUGCUUCUUUUGGCCAUCCUUGGUUUUUUGCUGUCAGUUCUUAGGCAUAAACAUGCCAUCUACAUAUUUAUCAUAAGUGGGUGGCUGCUGGUGGCAGUUACUUUUGUUCUUUGUGGAUUUUUUGUUAUUGUCAGCAAUGCCGUUGGGGAUACCUGCACUGCAAUGGGCGAAUGGGUCCACAACUCCCGAGCAGAGACGUCACUUAGUAAUAUUCUUCCUUGUGUUGAUGAGCAAACAACAAAUCUUACAUUGUAUCAGAGUAAAGAAGUGAUUGUUCAGCUCGUCAAUGUAGUCAACACAGCAAUAUCUUCCCAAGUUAAAACUGUGUCUUACAACCAGUCUGGAGUGUUGAUGCCACCUCUCUGCUCUCCUUAUGAUUCUCGGAUGCAUGAACGGCAGUGUGAACCUGGGGAAGUGUCAUUUGUGAAUGCUUCAAAGGUAUGGCAGAACUACACUUGCGUCAUCUCAGAUUCAGGACUUUGUGGCACAGUCGUCGGUGGGGUGACUCCAGAGGUUUACAAGCAGCUGGUUGCAGCUGUGAAUGCGAGUUAUGCCCUCGAUCAUUACACGCCUUUCUUGCUCAACCUUCAGAACUGCCAGUUUGUUAGAGGGGCUUUCAACUCCAUCACCACCUUCUUUUGCCCCCGUUUGAAGCUUGAUCUACGGAUGGUCACUGCAGGGCUGGGCCUCAUCUCCUCAGGGGUCAUGUUCUGCCUCAUCUUAUGGGUAUUGUAUGCAAACCGCCCCCAAAGGGAGGAGGUGUUUGCGAAGCAACAUGGAAUUAAGACUGCCGUGGUUGCUCAAAUUCUCUGAACUGUUGAUCAACAAUGUCG